CAGUACUUCGCUCACCCACCAAAGCAUAGAGCGAAAGCGAAGGACAAUGCUCGCCAAGCUCUCGUCUUCGCUCGUCUCUUCGCUCCCGUGCUCUAGGGUGAGCCAGCAGGCCAGCAUGUGUCCAAACAUGAGAAAACCAUGGUUAAUGAAGCGGAUGGUGUAUGGUGUCGGUACUCUAUUUCUAAGACCUAUCAAAACAUUGCGUGGAGAUUGCAAAUCUUUUGGAGUUUCACAGUUUUUGUGUAAUAUUACAAGCAUGGCCUCUUCAUUGCACGUUCAGUUGGUGCCAUGUCUCCAAGAUAAUUAUGCAUAUCUUUUGCAUGACACAGAUACAGGCACUGUUGGAGUUGUAGACCCUUCAGAAGCUUUGCCUGUUAUAAAUGCUCUAAACCAAAAAAAUCAAAACUUGACCUAUAUACUUAACACUCAUCAUCAUUAUGAUCACACUGGGGGUAAUCUGGAGCUGAAAGCAAGGUAUGGUGCAAAGGUGAUUGGGUUUAGCAAGGACAAGGAUAGAAUUCCUGGUAUCGACAUUGCCCUUAAUGAUGGAGAAUCGUGGAUGUUUGCGAGCCAUGAGGUGCUUGUGAUGGAAACUCCUGGCCAUACAAAAGGCCAUGUUAGUUACUAUUUUCCAGGAUGUAGAGCAGUAUUUACAGGGGAUACAUUGUUUAGCUUAUCAUGUGGCAAGCUUUUUGAAGGAAGCUCAGAACAGAUGCACUCUUCACUUCAAAAGAUUCUUUCUUUGCCAGAUGAUACAAAUGUAUAUUGCGGGCAUGAAUAUACUCUGAGUAAUGCAAAGUUUGCCCUGUCCAUAGAACCUAAUAAUGAAGCUCUCCAAGCCUAUGCAGCUGAAGUAGCUCAACUCCGAAGCAAGCAGUUGCCAACGAUUCCAACAACACUAAAGAGGGAAAAGUUGUGCAAUCCAUUUCUCCGCACUUCCAGUCCAGAAAUCCGGCAGAUCCUAAAUAUUCCUGCAACUGCAAGUGACGCAAAAGCAUUAGGCAUCAUCCGUCAGGCAAAGGAUAGAUUUUAAGGUAGAAGGACUUCAAGGCUGGUUUGUGUGUAUCUUGAAAGAUGAUAUCUAACCAUGAGAAGUCGGUCCAAGACUGCUAGACAUUCUUUAUGCAACAAAAAAGUUCAAAGAAACAGAGUAAGGCAUCAGUUUGCUUUGUAUAGAAAAUACAACGAUAAAAAUGAGAUCAUACCCUUAAUUUACUGAAUCAAAGGGAUUUGAAAGUCAAUUUUCUGUUUUUCGUGUUCGUUAAAUGAGCCUGUAAAAUGUCCAAAUGGACAUAAUCCAUACCUCUGCAGGCUUGCUUGCCAUUCUUUUAAAAUCUUGUGAUACUGAUGCUAGCAAAUGAUGAACUUGUUUCAUGCUUGAUUGCAUGUAAAUGCAAUUGCUGCGGUGAUUUGCUGUCCAAA